CAGAAAAAUGCAGAGCAGGCGAAUCCAACACCCCUAAGAAAAGCUGAAAGAACGAGGGAGAGAGGACAGAGAGAGAGUGGUGGUGGUGGUGUGUGCGACAGAGAGGGGAGAAGAGAGAGAGAGCGUAUUUCUUCUUCCUCCUCACCCCCGCCUCCUCCAAGGAGAGAGGGAAACUCCGGAGUCGCAGGGGCGCGAGCGAGGCAGGCAGUGGCUCCUCCUCUCCCUCAUUUCGAUAUCAGCUCAUCAAUUCUUCCUACCACACUAUUGUCGAUCCCCAGCACUCUUCUUUCUUUCCUACGGUUCUCCUCUAAUUCACUGGGGAAAAGAACAAAAAAAAUCUUGCCUUUUUCGAUUUCUGGGGUGGCGUCGCUGGGAUUUGCUUGGUCGGUUCUUGAUUCGUGCCAGGAGGGAUUUGUCCAUUUAGAUUCUGCCGCUCAGCCUGAAUCCUCCCUGCUAUUUCCUGAGAGGAAUUUCGCAGGUUGGAUCGGACGUCGGAGAUGGAUGUGCAGAGGAAGAAAAAUUCGGCGAAGAUUGGAUCCAAGGGCAAGGAGGUUGAGAGCAAGAAUCCCAGGCGGGAGGAGCCACUCGCGUCUUCAGAGAUGGACAUGGAACCGGGCGUCGCAGAGAGCGGCGGCAUGGCAGAUGCCAAUAAUGGCAGCUCCAUGGAGUGCCCCUCGCCACCCAAGGAUUCCAAGAACUCCAAGGGUUGUGUAGCCAAGAAGCCGAGAUCGGUGAGCUCUGACUUUGGGGAUGAGCUGGAUUUGGAGCUUGGGAAUGAGGAAAAGGAGAGUGGCAGGCAGCAGGAGAGGAAGCUCUCGAGGCAAGACCGGGUUGAGCUUAGCCGGUCGUUCCAGCACGCGGUGAGCUCGCACGAUUGGGAGAGCGCCGAGGGGCUGGUAGGGAUGGCUGAUGCACACGGGCUCAACGAUGUGCUCUGCGUGGCGGUGGAUGCUAUUUGGUUCUUGAGCGACAGGGAGGAACUGCAUGCGGUUGUGGGGUUGAUCAGAAGGAUUGUGUCCGAGGGCGCGAAGGAUUUCACGCGUGCUGCGCUCCGGACAUCGUUCCUCGCAUCGUGUGUGUCGGCAUGCAGGGGACGUACGACUAGCCUCGCCGAUGCUGUGAGCUUCAUGAGUCAAAAAUUGCAUGAACGACUUCAAGAAUCCCAGGGUGAUGAGGUAUUGAAAGCAGAAGCAAGUGCAAAGGUGCACAAGUUUACAGAAUGGGCUCUAAAGUGCAUUGGGCUACAUUCGCGUGUGCGGGAGAAUAAGGGCAGAGGAAACCACAACACUAUCAUUGAGGUUCAGCUUCAGUUAUCUGCUUUCAAGACAUUUCUGGAUCUUGCUGAUAAUGAGCUUACCGGGAAGGAUUUCAUGGAGGCAUUUGAUGCUGCAUGCUUUCCUCUUACACUCUUCUCAACCACCUUUGACCAAGGAUGGGCAUCAGGAAUCUCGGCAGCUGCAAUACAAGGGCUUUUAGAAUUGUUGGUAGAGGGUGGCGCAGACAAUGUGAACCAAUGCUUUCUUGAAGCUGCACGCUAUGGGAGCACCGAACUCGUGCGGAUCUUACUUCAGAUUGCUCAAAGGAACAGCUUGGACAUUGAUGUGGAUCUAGCCCUUGGCUUUGCCGCUCACUAUGGGAAGAUCGAAACAAUGGAAUGCUUGGUUGAAGAAGGUAAUGCUGUUGGCUUUCUUGGACCUUUAAUGCGGGCUGCUGAACGUGGAUGCCUCCAAGUUGUUGAAUGGUUUGUCAACCAUGGGUGUCGAGAAAUGGAGCUCUGCCUAGCCCUUACUGCUGCAACCUCCAGUAGCCAGGUUGCAGUUGCUGCUUAUCUUCUGCCUCUUGUCCCGCAACAUGUUCUUGCCCCCCUCAGCAUUGAAAUUAUCAAGGCUGCUGGUGAGAGGAGCACGGGUUCUCUGCAUGGUGUGGAUUUUCUUCUCCGCUCGAACUUCCUCAAUGACCCAGCUGCCACAUAUGCUGUUGCAGACAGUAUUUCAAGAUCUGCUGAUGAGGUCGUGGAUGCCAAGCUUAGGUCUUUCAUGAAUGAGCAUUGGUCCGAGGCAGCCUUUUCUGCAGGAUUUGCAUGUGCACAACAGCACUUUGUUAACUUCACGAGGAUAAUGGAAAGGGGUGAGUCACCAAUCUGCCUGAGGGACCUCCCGCUUGAGCUGGUGAUUGGCAUGGCCUACCUGCCACUCUAUAAGGAAUGCAUCAAUUCCAGCGGGCGGCUUUUGCCGCAAAGGCUGAGAGGGCAGCUUGUGGAGGCUGCAGGUAGGCUCGAGGGGCAGCAACUGGAUAGGGGUGGUAGCCAAAGCAGGGAGCUCUUGGCCAUCUUGGAGCACCACAUCCCACGUUUCAUGAUUCAAACUUGAAGGCAGGCCAGCUUCCUCUCAAACCGCAUCCGUCGCCGCAAGCAAAGCAACCACCAAGGGCAAUGCACCGUCUUCAAUGUAUUCCAGUGCCGUCGCCGUGUUCCUGCUUGGGGGCUUCCGAAACGAUAGCACCCUGAGAGCUCAUCUUGCGUUGGCUCUCCUGGAGGCGCUCUUCGGAGAGUAUAUAAUUUUGGGAAAUGGUGAGUGCCUUGUCGAGGCAUGUGUUGAGUGUUUACUGGGACCAUAAGCUUUGAUGAAAAUGAUAUAAGCCUUGAGCAAGUCUUCCCAAAUUUUCCA